CAAAAGAUUUACAGCAUCUUCAUAGAAUCAAACACCCACAAGAUAUCCUCUCUAAAAAAAUUCACUUUCCUUUCUCAAUUCACUACCCUAUUUCAUUUCCUUAUCUAUUUUCUGCAAACGAUUCUCUUACCUUUCUUGGUAUAGUCCAUCAAUGGCGGGUUCUUCUAACAGAUCUCCUUCUCCACUUUCUGCAAAACCCAUUCCUCCUCAUCCAAGAACCUCUGAAAACACCAAUUCUACAGCAAGGAGAAGUUUUAACGGCAACCCUUUUUCACGACCUUCAGUUCUUUCAACCCACAGAGGAUUCAACCCCGUUACACCUGCCAAUAGCCCUGCUGAUUCUGCUAAAAGGGUGUCUAAUUUAGGGAAAGAAGGGGGUUUUGAAGAGAAAGAGAAUGAGUUGAAAUCAGCGAAACUGAGGUCACCGGCGGCAAAGGGUUCAAAGAAUUUUAUGUCUCCAACAAUUUCAGCCUCUUCCAAGAUUGCUUCAUCCCCUAAAAAGAAAAUCUUGGUGGAAAGAAAUGACCCUCUUAGAACUUCAAUUUCCUUAUCUGACGGUAAAGCUACAUUUUUUAAUGCAUCUUCCGAAAAUUAUGAUGUGGGUUUUGAACAGAGCAACAGUACUGUAAAAUCUAUGAAAAAAACUGAAAUUUUAUUGGACCCUAAGGAGGAGAACGUUCUUGUUGAAGAACAAGGUCUACCUCCAGUUAACAAAAUCCCUAAAAAGGUAACAUUUUUGGAAGUACCUUUACCCUCUGAAUUCAUUUCUGAUACUGUAACCAUGGAUUCUGAUAUUUGCAAUGAUGAGCCAAUACUGGUUUCUACUUUAAUAGCCCCACUUGAUGCUGAUCCCUCUCUACCUCCAUAUGACCCUAAAACCAAUUACCUCUCCCCCAGGCCUCAGUUUCUUCACUACAAACCCAACCCAAGAAUUGAGGUUUUACUCAAUAAGGAAAAAGGAUUGGAUGUAGUAGGAGGAGCAAAGAGUCUAGAUGACAGCUUCUUGUCUGAGUUAUUACUGUCUGAUAACAUUUCAGACACAGAGGACAGUGAAAGUUCUCAAACUGCUGAAGAAUCGCCGAAAGAAUCUGAUGGUUCUUCUUCAGAAGAGAUGUUACUUGAAGCAGCAGUUGAUCAAAAAGAGGAAGAGGAACCUAAAAUUCCUGAACCUGCUUCUCAAACUGCUGAAGAAUCGCCGAAAGAAUCUGAUGGUUCUUCUUCAGAAGAGAUGUUACUUGAAGCAGCAGUUGAUCAAGAAGAGGAAGAGGAACCCAAAAUUCCUGAACCUGCUGCUGAGGAAAUUGCAGAAGCAAAAAUGAGAACAAAGCCAAGAUCUUCAGUAAUAUCAAAGUUUUUUUCUCUGCUGUUGGUACUAUUGAUUGCUUUAGUAUUGAUCUCAGUUACUGAUUCUCCCUUACUUACUACUACUCCUGGGUCCAUAGACUUAAGAUUUUCUAAUCUGAGUAUUCCAUCAGACAUUCCAGUGUUGGUGAAGGCUAAUAGUUACUUUAAGCAAUUCUCUGGUGAAGCCAUUUCUUACUUCUCAAAGUUGAUUUAUGACCUUGGUAGCAUUCCAUCAGAUAUUCCAGUGCAUCCUUUAAAAUUCAUGAACUUGACUGAUGUACAAGAUAGUAGCAUAGAUUACUGGUAUUUGAAAGGGAGUACUGGUUCGGUGGAGUUGGAUAAAGGGUUUGAACUUGCUGAAUUGGAUGAGGAUGAAGAGUCUGAAACUGAGCCCAAAGAGGAAGAAGUUCAAAAGGAAGCUGAUUUUGAUGAUGAUGGCAAUGAAGAGGAAGUUGAAGGAGCCCAUAAGUUGGAGAUUGGAGAAGCUUCAGCAAUUAAAUUAGAUGAGGAAAAUGAGGCUGAUAGCUCAGAAAAUGAUCAAGAACAAGGACAACAUGACUUGGAUACCGAAGAAGUUUCUGUUGUCCUAGUAGCUGAGGGGAAUGAGUCUAUUAGUUCAGAAAGGGAUCUAGACCAAGGGGAGCAUGAGUUGGCUGAAACCGAAUCUUUCAAUGUUGAUAAUGAUGCCAGUUCUGAUGUUGUAGUUGAGUCAGUGAACGACAACCCUGAAAGCUUAGUGAAAGAUGAUUCUUCUGUUGAAACGGUGCACUCUCCAAUUGAUGAUAGACUUGGAGACAAUGUUGGAGCAUAUCAGAUCCUUGGGAUUUCCUCAGUUAUCCUUUCUGUGCUAGCUGCUAUAGUUAUCUAUUUGAAGACGAAAAACGAUAAGACUCUGCAGUCAGUAGUCUAUUCUGAUCAUAUUGUCAAAGAGAAACAUUCCUCUCAAAACUGGCCAACGGAGGUUGACGUCAUGGGAGAGUCUUGUCCCUCAGAAAUGAGCAGCUUUCAGAUAAGUUCAUCUUAUAGUAAGAAAUAUCCCAAAUCAGCAAAUGAUGAAGCUCAAAGCAUGGAGAAGAAACCAAGAAAGAGUAAUAGGAGAGAGUCAUUGGCUGCGUCUGAGUAUUCGUUGGGUUCACCUUCUUAUGGAAGUUUCACUACUUAUGAGAGGAUUCCUAUCAAGCAUGCAAGUGUAGGGGAAGAAGUCAUCACCCCUGUAAGGCGCUCAAGCAGAAUUAGAAGCCAUGUCACCCCUCCUUGAUUCUGAAGAUGGUUGCGUGUGUGCUAGAGCAGAAACCAGAGAAGUCACGUCACUUAUGCAUGUCACUGAAGGAAAUUGUUUUUUUGGCUUCUCAGCAAGUCAAUCCUAGGCAUAGUCAUUCCUUAACUAUACCUUAUGACUUAACUGAAGUGAUUCAAGUGUGGUUUUUAGGAUUUUAAUGUUUAGUUAGCUGAUGUUUUUUAUCUUGUUAGCGGAACUUUCUACAUGCUGCCUCAGUCAGUUGAAGUUUCUUUUAUUAGUUGAGGAUUUCCUGUAGCUUGUGCAUAGAUAGCGCUUUGUUUGACCUUGCUUCUAUAAAUUUUAGGAUGAUCUGAUUGUUGGCUUCA